AUGAAUUUCUCAAGCAAUACUUGCACAUGCAAAACUGGCUACUUUGAUUCUUCAUCUAAUACAUGCAAACCUUGCACAGCUCCUUGUAAUACUUGCUCAGGAUCAGCCACGACUUGCUUAAGUUGUUUAGACUCAGAUAAUAUGAAUUUAUGAAGCACUAUGUGUUUAUGCAAAACUGGGUACUUUGAUACUUCAUCUUCAACUUGUAAAGCUUGCACUGCUCCUUGUGCUGAUUGCUCAGGAUCAGCAACUACUUGCAAGAGAUGUAUGGACUCGGAUAAUAUGAAUUUAUCACGUAACACUUGUACAUGCAAAACUGGGUACUUUGACUCUGGAUCUUCAACAUGCAAAGCUUGCACUACUCCUUGUGCUACUUGUUCAGGAUCAGCCACUACUUGCUUAACUUGCAAAGACUCAGAUAAUAUGAAUUUAUCAAGUGGUACUUGCACAUGCAAAACAGGCUACUUUGAUACUUAA